AUGGCUUCUCCCUCUGUUCAGAUCCCGAGAAACCCCAUCGAUGACGAACACACCUUUCUUUCGCGUGCCGCCAGUUACAACAAUCUCACCGAUAUUCCCGUGUCCGAGCCCGGUUCGCCCGCGUUGCGGAGAACAUUCUCGGAUCUGGCUGUCCAGAGUGAUUCGGGUUCGCCGUCAAAGGAGGAUGUGGCUGCGGGGAAGGACAUUCUGCGGCGGACCUCCCUACGUCGGGCCAAGGAGAAACAAACCGUCGCCAUCUCUCGCUUUACGUUGUCCGCCGAGGAUUUGAACGAUGCCGCUGUUCCUGCUCCAGCGCCCGCGGGAGCGUCGUCCAGACCCGCUCCUACGAAAUAUCCCGAGACAAAGGCCCCGGAGCCUGUUGCGCGCCCGUCCAAGGCCCGUUCCAUGUCCGGCAGACUAGUCAAUCUAGCUCGGAAACCGUGGGGGUCCUCGAACACUCGAUCUCGGUCGCCGUCCCCACCCCUCAAAACAUCCAGAUAUCGGACCGGUCGUGCCGACGAUCAGCCCGUAUCAAAGUCGCAAAACACGCCGACCAAGCCCGGCUCAAAAUUGGACUCCGCCACCGAGACGGAUUCGACUCUUCCUUCCCGCAGGCGCACACUCCUCAACAAACGCCCCCGGCGUCCCAUGGUGGCUGUCGUUACCCAGAGCCAGGAUGACAGCCCAAGUACGCCUAGCAGUGGAUCGCCACAUUCGCUACGGACCAAGCAUUCACUGGAACGGCUUGCGGCCUCUCUUCGUGUGUCGACUCCCAUUCUGCCACCCAUGCCCAAAGGAGCAGCCAUGGCGGCGGGGAAUUUCGCCGGAAACAUAGAUCUUCCCCGAAAGAAGGAUGAAUUAUGGGGCGUGUUUCGUGGGCUGGAAGCCGAUUGCCAGAAGUUCCAAUCCAAGUCGAGUGCUUUGAAAGUGAACGUCAUUCGUUCUUCAUUACUACCAUUCUUGAAUCGCAACUAUCCGCCUUCGUCAUACAAAUCGUUGAGGGCGGAAGACCUCGAUCGUCGCGUCAAUAUCCUGAAUAAGUGGUGGACUGGACUACUGGAGAUGCUGAAUGGCAAGAACAACCAAUCCAUAUCGGGUACUGACCGGCCAGUGUUUCUGGAGGCAGUGGUCGGAAUCAUGAAACGACCGGAAUGGAGGAUUCCCUUUCCCAUGCCCCCAUUUAGGGACGACUCACCGAGUUCAUUGCAGCAUGCCCCGACCUCGAUUUCCGAAAGCUCGGACUCUUCCGGCUCCGACUUUCUCAUUGAGUCCAUCCACCACAACAUCAGAAAUAUCUUUGUACAGAAUCUGCUGUCUCAGAUGGCUUUUGUGGUAGAAAGAAUGUCCAUGAGGCAUGCUCCGGCCAGCUUGGUGGCCUUCUGUGGAAAGGCUUGUGCAUACGCAUUCUUUUUCUGCCCAGGUGUGGCAGAUAUCCUCGUACGCUUAUGGAAUACCCCCGCCACUAUCUUCCGACGAAUUCUGGCCGAAUCAGGCGUAGACCGAAGCAAGAACCUCCGCGCUUUCACGCAGGAUCUCGCCCUGAACUUUCCAAAGGCUCUCCGCACGCUCUCAUUCCAUUCCCAUACGCCCUUGGUUCGAUAUCUCCGACAGAAACCUGAUGUUCCUCUAAGUAUCUCUCAGAUCCAGUGGCAGAGCCCUUGGGCCUCGAGAUGGUGUGGUCGGGACACGGACCUUUUCUUUGUUUUCGCCAAGUAUAUCCAUAUUCUCUAUGCUGAUGCACUGCCGACGGAUGUAGAGAAACCCAACCGUAUCCUGGCACCAGGCCUGUUGCUGGUGCAUGCGCAGAUCCUUGUAGUUUUGGAGGAUACUCUCUACAAACAGUCGACUCCACAGAUGCCUGAGAAUACUCAUACCGCCGCCGCAAUCACGUUCGACGACUUGAUCGAGGGCGCCGACGCAUCGGUUUCCGCUCUUCCUCUAGGUUCCGCGAACAGCCACCGUUCAAUGGCGGAGAAUCGGCUGGUCAUCCUUCUGCGGGAUUUUCUCUCGGAGUCCUCAUUGGAACCUCAUCGCGCACGGCUACUCUACGCGGAGUCCUUCUGCAUGAUCAUGAAAACCGCCGCGCAGAGGACAUCGCUCUUCGAUCAUAAUGCUUGCUUCUUGUUGUGCGAUUUCGUCGAGGAGAUCAUUCCAAUCCUCACGCGGUACUCUCAGACCGUGGAUCUGGAGUUGUUUGACUGGAAAUUCUGGCUAUUGGUCUGUCGUCAGAUGAUGCAGAGCCAUAAUUCUCUGACCGAAGUCAGGGUGUUUUCGUUUCUUUUCUGCGUCUGGGGCACCUGGACUGCUUCCGAGGAGAGAAAAGUCGAUCUUUGUCUGGAAUUCCUGCUUGACGAGUCUUUGUUUUAUCAUUACUUCAGCCAUUGGAGUCCGAUGGUACGCGCGUUCUUCCAGCGUCUUCUGUGUUGGAGACUAAGUAGGUUCAAUGGAGAACCAACACCACUUGAUUCCAUAAUCUACGAGACAUUAUGGAGUCGUUUGCAACGGUUAUGGCUAUACUACCGCGAGUUCCAAUCAAGCGCUGAAAAGGAGCUCAGGGCACCUUUAUCUUCCGCACCCUGUACGCCGGCGCCGGGGCGCAGAAUCAUCAUUAUACGGUGUGAUAAUCACAUCACGCCGACGAAUCUCUUUGUCUCUUUCGACCGCGUCGUACCUCCUGCACCUCUUCAGCAAACGGCGGGCUCAAAGAAGGAAGAGGUCUCCUCCGAGACUCAGCCAACUCCGAAGAGAAGAUGGAAUCUUUUGAAGGUGAUGUUUGGAAGCUCUUCCAGCUCCAAAUCGAGCGACGAUGCAUCACCUACGAGCAGUGGCUCCGAGGACUCGGAUUCGAAAAGCUCCGACACUACAGUUUCUGAUGGCCGGGGGCAACUUCAGAAUGGUACCGGGGAGCCAGCUCGGCCAAAGACCCCACACCAGCCAUACUCUUUCCGGUUUUCACUGGAAUGGAUGGACCGACCGCAAUGGCCGAGCAAGAACAAGCGACUUUACAUCCCCUGCCUGCCUGUGGGGGCUCAGCUGCACUUACAACUUCGGGGAUAUCUGGACAACUCGGAUGAGGACGGUACCAUAUCGGAUUAUGCAUCUGCACUCGGUCCCGAAGAUAUCACCAAAACUAAUGGAUAUCACGGGGAUCUGUCAACGGAAGCAUGCAUGAAAAUGUCUCACACACUUGACCGACGGAAUAUCAAGUCCUUGGCGAGCGACGAGGUCGUGGCCAGCAAGUACAUAGGGCGCGCGCUUGCCGAAUGGGCACAGAUCGUCACCGAGUGUGAUAGUUUCUUUGCCAGAAGACGCGAUGAGGGUGUCCCCUCUGACCGGAUGGUUGAAACUCCAACGCUGGGCGUUGAAAGCUUCCGAAAGUGA